AUGGCUCCAAACCUGCUUCUUCUGGAUCUAGGUAUGGCCAUCAGCUUCGCCACUAUCGUCAUACCUGACCUACUCAAUGCUCAGACAGGACUCUCUCUUACGGACACUCAGGCUUCAUGGUUUGGUAGUCUCUCAUUUCUGACGCAGCCGCUUGGAGCUGUAAUAUCAGGACCAAUGGUGGACUACGUAGGUAGAAAGAAAGCCACCUUCCUAGUCAAUCUGCCACAUGUAAUGGCUUGGAUCAUCAUGUACUUUGCAUGGAAUGUCCCCGUCCUAUUUAUUGGAAACGCACUUCUGGGCAUUGGAACUGGGAUCAUGGAAGCACCUAUUAACUCUUAUGUUAGUGAAAUCAGCGAGCCAUCAGUACGUGGCGCAUUAUGUACCGUCACCCAGUUGUUCCUCUCCAUCGGAAUAUUUGCGAUGUACUUCCUCGGGUCCGUAGUCACUUGGCGUGUCGCAGCCAUCAUCUGCAUUUCUAUUCCUUUUACAUCAAUGCUAUUGGUGUUAGUUGGUGCUGUUCCAGAUACACCAGUAUGGCUACUGUCCCAAGGUCGCGAGAAAGAUGCUCUGAAAUCUUUGUGCUAUCUCCGUGGAUGGACCACAGCAGACAACGUUAAGGAAGAAUUCAAUGAGCUCGUGGUCUACUCAAAGAAUAUAGAGGGCUGUGUCAUUUGCUGGAAGAAGAAUCAAGCACAACAAGAAUGUGAUCAUUCUAAAAUAAACCGCAUUAAAAGAUUCUUCGUCGAGUUUAAUAUAGUGAUGCUCUGCAAGGAAACUCUUAGGCCGUUGUCGCUAACGAUGCUGUACUUCACGUUCUACGUGAUGAGCGGCCUCACCCCCAUCAAGCCCAACAUGGUGAACGUCUGCUCAGCCAUGGGCAUGGCUGACGACAGCAAGAAUAUUGCGGUAAUGGUUGGCGUUAUAUCAUUAUUAGCAAGUAUCAUUGUGAUUGGCAUGAUAAAGUCUUUGGGCAAACGAAAGUUGGGUAUUACAGCUAUGCUUGGCACGGCUAUCUCCUGUACUGCCCUUAGCAUAUACGCUCACACCCAACUAGAUGACAAAGUGUUCUCCUACGACCCCACGACGUUCCCGAAAGAGAAGAGUAUGAUUCCCUUGAUAUUCUUCUACCUACUCACCGUGUGUACUGGAUUCAACGUCUCUUGGGUCAUUCUUAGCGAAGUCUUUCCUUUCAGGAGUCGAGCCUCGGCACAAGGUUGGGGCGCGGCCUGGAACUAUGUGGUCACUUUCAUCGGCACUAAGACCCUGAUAGACCUGGAGACACACUUCAGAUUGACAGGAGCCUUCGCCACAUACGCUGCCUUCGCAUACUUGGGCACUAUCUACCUUUACUUCUUCUUACCAGAAACUGAAGGGAUCUCACUCCAAGAAAUCGAAACCUAUUACAAUGGAGAACUAAGAAUUUUCGCCGACGACUGGUUCAUUAACCUCUUCAAGAAAAAGAAAUAACAAUUUAUGGAAAUUACGUUAAGCUUAAAAUUUAUUUUAAUAAGAACAAAU